AUGGUGCAUUUAUCGAUCAGAAAUAUCCAGGCUGCCAACAUGAUCUUCUCCUCCUGGGCCUUAGUCUUCUUGGCCAUAGGAAUCGUCAUAGAAGAAUGGGCAGAACUGACAUUUGAACCAAAGCAACAUAAACUAAUCCACAAUCCAUGGAUAUGCUGCAAUCCUAUUUGGCCAGAAGGUAGAUUGGAGGUGGUCAGGAACUUGCUGAUUUUGGUCCUCAACCUUUCCUUCUUCCAUAACUUGCUCCUGGGUCUUGAAUUCACCUAUAUGAUUCCUCAAACUAAGCUCAUUCUCUUCAUGACGGCCUACAUUGGUAUCCUCACAGGUAUCUUUCUGUUCUGUGCGCUCAUACUGUAUCAACAAAAGCUAAAGGAAGGUGAAUCCAUGUAUUACUCUGGUUAUAGGAUCACCUGGAUCAUUUUCAUCACCUACAUAAACGUUUUCCUCUUAAUUGUCUCUGGAUUCCUCUCUUUCCUACAGUACAAGCAUUGCAUCGAUGGUUGUGCCUGGCUAACCAACAUCCCUAAGUCUGCCAGGGAGAGUCAGGUUAUGGAGCCAUCUGGGGCUUCUAUCAAAGUUAUUUCAUUACCAGCAAGCAGGGAAAUGCCUCGCAGUAUUGUCCGUGUGCACUCCGCUCAUGUAAAAGAAGCUUCUCCAAACAAAGCACACAUCCAAGCACGUCGUGUAACCUGGGCUGUGUGA